GGAGUGAGCGAGGAGUAGGGACCGACGAGUGAAGGAGGAGCUAGCAGGCCGGCUAGCUAUAGCUAGCAGCACGCCUCUCGUCUGCUGGCUCGAUCCAUCUCCGUCUCCGGCCGUCCCUUUCACAGCGCCUUGCCUUCUUCACUUCACCCUAGCUACCAGCCUGUCUGCCUUUUCCAUCGUCUUCCUCUCCCCUCCACACAAACACAGACACAGUUGCGUCGUCGCCCGGCCGCUGUGCGUGCGUGCGUGCGUGCUGUGCUGCCUUUCUUUCUCGCUUUAAUUUCUUUCCAUCCAUCCGCUUUCCCCCCCUCCCAAUCCCAAUCCCUCCAAAAAUCCGCUCCGCGCGCGCAAGCGCGGCCGGCCUUUAUCGAUCCCUCCCGGCCUCUAGCGCUGCUCCGGCGGCGGAGUCCGGCCCCAGGAAACAAAGGCCGCGCGCGCCGACCGGACCGACCGGGGGGCCGUCCAGUUCCAGUUCCAGUUCCAGGCCGCACAAGCACAUGAGAUCAUGAGCUCGGAGGACUCGCUCAAGUCGCUGUCGCUGGACUACCUGAACCUGCUCAUCAACGGGCAGGCCUUCAGCGACGUGGCCUUCAGCGUGGAGGGCCGGCUGGUGCACGCGCACCGCUGCGUGCUGGCCGCGCGCAGCCUCUUCUUCCGCAAGCUCUUCUGCGGCCUGGACCCGAGCCACCAGCCGCCCCCACCCACCGCCGGCGGGCGCGCGCCGGACCUCGUCAUCCCCGUCAGCUCCAUCCGCUACGAGGUGCUGGUGCUGGUGCUCCAGUUCCUCUACAGCGGCCAGGCCUCCGUCGCCGCUCCCAAGAGCGGCCCGCUCCCGGGCUGCGGCGCCAGGGGCUGCUGGCACACCCGCUGCGGCGCCGCCGUCGACCUCGCCCUCGACACCCUCGCCGCUGCGCGCUCCUUCGGCGUCGAGCAGCUCGCGCUCCUCGUCCAGAAGCAGCUGGAGGCCAUGGUGAAGGAGGCGUCCGUGGACGACGUGAUGAAGGUGCUGAUGGCGUCGCGCAAGUUCGAGAUGCAGGAGCUCUGGGCCGCCUGCUCCCACCUGGUGGCGCGCUCGGGCCUCUCCGCCGACCUCCUCGCCAAGCACCUCCCCAUCGACGUGGUCGCCAAGAUCGAGGAGAUCCGCGCCAAGUCCCCCGGCGGCGCCGCCGCCGCGGGCGGCGCCGGGCCGCGCUCGCCGUUCCUCACCCACCACUACCUCCCCAUCAACGCGGCGUCGUCGGCGGCCGACCGCGAGCACCGGAUCCGGCGCAUGCGGCGCGCGCUGGACGCCGCCGACAUCGAGCUCGUCAAGCUGAUGGUGAUGGGCGAGGGGCUGGACCUGGACGACGCGCUGGCCGUGCACUACGCCGUCCAGCACUGCGGCCGCGACGUCGUCAAGGCGCUGCUGGAGCUGGGCGCCGCCGACGUCAACUCCCGCGCCGGGCCCGCGGGCAAGACGGCGCUGCACCUGGCGGCCGAGAUGGUGUCCCCCGACAUGGUCUCCGUGCUCCUGGACCACCACGCCGACCCCAACGCCCGCACGCUCGACGGCGUCACCCCGCUCGACGUGCUCCGCAGCCUCACCUCCGAGUUCCUCUUCAAGGGCGCCGUGCCGGGGCUCACGCACAUCGAGCCCAACAAGCUCAGGCUCUGCCUCGAGCUCGUGCAGUCCGCGGUCAUGGUGGCCACGCGCGACGACGGCGGCGCGCACGGCGACGCCGGGGGAGGUGGGAGCGACGGCGGGAGCUUCCCGAGGGGCGGCGACGCCGCCGACGACAGCUUGGUGAGCCUCACCAUGAACUCCACGCUCAUGUACCAGGGCCAGGAGAUGGCGGCGGCGCUGGCCGGCGACGCCAGGAAAGGGAGCGGCGGCGGCCGAGGGAGUCCGUCCAGCUUGUACUUCCCCAAUGGCUUCGCAUGAGUAUUUAAUCUCCUUCAUCAAGCAAGAGCAAUGCAUUUUCGUUUCUCUCUACAUAUAUCCAUCCAAAGAUGAUCCUUUUCUCUACCUCGCGCUAGCUCUUUCAACACUCUCCGUUGGAUUGGAUCUUUAAUUUGCAUUGUGAUGUGAGGACGAUGGUCGUGUAGCUAGCUAUAGCUUGCUACUGUUCAACGAGCUAGGAGAGAGAGAUGAGCUAGCAGUAGUAGCACUGCAAGGAUUUCAUGAUAUUUUAUGUGGAUUAAUUGUUCGAUGCACAUCUUACAAGUAAUGAUUGAUCGAUUGGGCAUCAUCAACUGCUUUGCUUUA